CGGCGCGAGGUGCGUGUUCCGUUGAUGCUGCUGAGGGAAGAGGAGGAGACGACAACCACGACGGAGGAGGAAGGAGGAGGAGAAGAGACGGCGACGCUGUUGCUGCCAGGGGCCUGUUGUCGUCGCCGACGCAGUCGCUGUCGCUGCUCCUCUCCGCUGCGGCUCGGCCCAGCAAGGCCCCGGAGGAGACCCCGCCGCCGCCGCCACCGCCACCGUGGGCAGCAUGAGCGACAACGAUGACAUCGAGGUGGAGAGCGACGCUGACAAACGUGCUCACCACAAUGCACUAGAGCGGAAACGUAGGGACCACAUCAAGGACAGCUUCCACAGCCUGCGGGACUCUGUGCCAUCGCUUCAGGGAGAGAAGCAACAGGCAUCCCGGGCCCAAAUCCUAGAUAAAGCCACAGAGUACAUCCAGUACAUGCGUCGGAAAAACCACACACACCAGCAAGAUAUUGAUGAUCUAAAGCGCCAGAAUGCACUUCUGGAGCAGCAGGUUCGUGCACUGGAGAAGGCAAGGUCAAGUGCUCAGCUGCAGGCCAACUAUUCCUCUUCAGACAACAGCCUCUACACCAACCCCAAGGGCAGCACCAUCUCCGCCUUUGAUGGCGGCUCUGACUCCAGUUCAGAGUCUGAGCUGGAAGAGCCCCAGAGCCGGAAGAAGCUUCGUAUGGAGGCCAGCUAGAAGAGGCCUGAUUUCCCGCUGCCAUUAGACACUUGCUGGCUGCUUAAGGACUUUCCUCUUUCCUCCYCUUUAGUAAAGGCUCUCGGACUGCAAUUUCUUCCUGUUCCUUGUCCCUUUCUGCCCCUUCUUGAGUUWAACCCAUAUUAUGGCAUGGCAGCUUAYCUUCAGGAAGACCCCAGCAGCUGUAGUGUGAAGCAGGAUGSGGAUUUCUCUCGUCCUGCCCUGUGGUUGCACAUCUCUAGURCCAGGAAUGCCCAGGSCAUUUGAUGAACUCCAUGAGUCUGUAAUUGCCUGGUYGGGACAGGGAGCUCUCUAUUCUUCCACUAGAGCCACACCAGCCUCUCUGUUGCAUUUUUCCCUGACCAAUCUUGAUUUAUUUCUUGGUGGGAGGGAGCACAGGAUACCUGUGUACAUGCCUCUUGUUUGAAGUGACAGUGCAGGAUUCACGGUGAAGCAAAGAGAUGAACUUCCUUUUUGUAUCUUGGCAAAUGAUUAAUUGGUAUUUAUUUCCUCCUAUGGAAACUCAAUCUGGUCAGAUUCCUCCUCUUCCUGCGGACCUUAGUCUUAUGAAGCAACAAAUUUUCCCCAUGAACAAUUUUUCCCUUUUUGAAUUUCUCAAAAAAAAAAAUAGAGCCAGCUUUUUAAAUGUAAAUACACCACAAGCUUUGUUACUUGGUACUAAUAACGGCGUCAAAGUGUGACCUCUGCCCCUGGCAACUGGGCCAGUUUCCCACGUGGGUUCUGGGGGCAUGGGUGGAGUGAGCAAAGGCCUCUGUGCGUAUGUGUGCAUGUGCACGCGCAUGUGCAUGGGCGUGCGCAUGCAUGUAUGGGUGUAUAUGUGUGAUCUUAUAUUUUUGUCUUCUUCCCACUCUUGUUUGUGAUGUUUUCUGAAUUUAGUGUAUACAAAUGUAGCUUGGUCUCUGUCCAGGUGUGAGUCUAUUCCAUGGAACCGAAGUAUGUUGUACAUACUGCUCAAGAAUUGUCUUGCAAGUUAAGGCUUCCCUUUACUAUAAGACUAUAAAUAAAUAAAAUAUUUUAUCCUUCUGA